GAGAGGCGGCGCACGUUGCAGCCAGCCAGUCGCGUGAAAACGCUGAUGACAGACAGCGGCAAACGACGCGCCGGUAUUUAUCCACGCUGAGAUGACCUACCGAGCACUGAAGCGCGUCCGCGGAUUCUGAGCGCAAAUAUCCGCGGAGCAGCGAACCCAAAGCGGCUCGGAUCUUUGUUUCCCUGCGCGGAUCGGAAACUACAUCCAUCAUCCACCAGCCGCGGAGCGUGAGAUGACAAAGUGAAAGAACCUGGAGAUGUCUCAGAAGAAGAUAUUCCUAGUAUUGAUUGCAAUCAGUACGGUCAGCUUGCUUCUGCACCAUGGGGGUCACUUGAACUUGACGCUAGAGGCAUUCUGGUUGGGGUGUCCAUCCUCCACGUUCUCCUCAACCCAGAGCAACAGUGGACCUUCUGCUAAACACACCAGUGUAGCCUUCCUUAAGACGCACAAAACGGCCAGCUCCACUGUGCAGAACAUCCUUUUCCGCUUUGCUGAGCGCAACAACCUCACUGUGGCGUUGCCUAUUACCACCUGUGACCACCAGUUCUGUUACCCUCGACCGUUCAGUGCCCACUUCGUUCACCCACACACCACACCACCUGACAUCAUCACCAAUCACUUACGAUUCAGCCGGGCUGAGAUACGACGCCUCAUGCCCAACAACACAAUCUACAUCACGAUAUUGCGGGAACCGGGAGCGAUGUUUGAGUCUCUGUUUACCUACUUCAAUCAAUACUGUCUUAGCUUUAGACGUGUCCCAAAUGGCUCUUUAGAGACUUUCCUGGACCAUCCUUGGAGCUACUAUCGUCCAGAAGAGAAGGAUUCAAUGUAUGCAAGAAAUACACUGACUUUUGACCUAGGCGGUGAUAAAGACAGGCCAUCUUCGGAGGCGCCGGCAUAUGCCAAACGAUUCGCUGCAGAAAUGGAGCGAGUUUUCUCGUUAGUUAUGAUCUCAGAAUACUUUGACGAAUCCUUGGUGCUGCUCCGCCGCUUAUUGUCUUGGGAUCUCGACGAUGUUCUGUAUGUCAGUCUCAACAUGCGCACACCUGACUCCAAGAGCAGCCUUUCAGGAGAAAAUACAGCCAAAAUCAGAGCCUGGAAUGCUAUAGAUUCGGUACUGUAUGAUCACUUCAAUGCCUCGUUGUGGCGGCAGCUGAGAGCGAUGGGACUAGCGUGUGUUGAGCGGGAAGUCCAGCUGUUGCGUCAGUCUCGUGACCGACUUGUCCGGAGCUGCUUUGGAGGCAAUUUGCCACCGCUUCGCUCUGCUGCACAGAUCACGAAUAAGGAAUUACGGCCUUGGCAGCCCAGUGCCAAAGUGGAAAUUGUUGGGUAUGAUUUACCACUUAACAUGACACAAAAAGGCCGUGUUCCUCCACGAGAUGAGUGUUUAAAGAUGGUAAUGCCCGAAGUGCAAUACACACGACUGUUGCUGCGCUCAGAGUCCCUACAUUAUCGAAAGCGGUUUCCAUUACGAAACUCCCAGCAGACUUCACGAACUGUGGGACAAGUACGGGCACACAAAGAAUCCCCAGCUCCGAGUUUAAUUCCGCGACCCUCAGAGACUAUGGCUCGGAGCACCAAAGGAGCGCUACGGCUUUCCCAAUAAACUUAUUUUCAUUUAUUCCCCAUUCCUUGCAGCUAAAUGUCCAUGAGAUGUUGGAAUUACUUGAAAGCUUGAGGUCAUACCUCAUUUGUAUUUGACGUGAGCACAACCAAAUGUACGCUCACAACUCUUGUUCUAAAAGUUUUAAAAAAAUAUUUUUGUGUUUCUCAAAUUGAAAUGUAAAAUGGUCAAGGAAAAUAUAUUGUAUAUUGAAGUCUAAAUGCCUGACAUCUGGAAUGUGUCUCAAUAUCCCAAGGACUCUCUCUCCACAUAUAUACCAUCACUUACUGUUUGCAUUUAAGCCAUCAUUACCCUGCUGGAAAAUCCCAAAUCAAUUUUAAUUUGGUUUUACAUGGUUUCUAGCUAGUUAAAGCUAAUCUCUUGUGGUUAUUGCUGGUCCAAUCUUGUCUAGAGGGUAAAUCAGCUGUAUUACCAGCUGGUGAUCUUUAGGUGAAGCUUGUUUCGGUCAAGCUUGGUUAGGACCACCUCUAUAGACUAAAAGCUACAAACCAGCUUGGUGUGAACUGGUUUUUCCAGCAGGGUCUUCGAAUAUUUCUUUGCUGAUAUUUGGAGACUUUUUUCUGGUAACUUCAUCUGGCCAUUGUUAGGCUUCCUUUUUACCAAUGGUGCUCUGUUUGAGCGUAAUCUUUUACACAUGCUUAUCAACAUACUGUCAGCUGCACCUGAGCCACAAAUCACCAUAAUUGACUCUUCAAUUGUGGUCCAAAAACCCAGCAUCAUGUGUCGAUGAUGAUGCAACCGUCUCGAAGGACAUUUAAAUAUUUAAUCAUUUAUUCUUUAGACUCUCUUUGGGCAGUGCUAGGGUUACACAGCCCUGCAUUUUUAUGAGGCCGCUACAGACCAGGCCAGAGAGGUUCAGCCUCGACUCGAACCUGGGAAUAGUGACACUUCAUCCACAUGGACCCAAACGAGGUCAGUUAUGAAGAAUUGCUAUAUGCUAUAAGCCAGAGUAAGAAGUGUGUUAGUUUCAUCUUUAUGUUUUUUUAAGGGAUAAUGCUUAUACUGCAGUGCACUUGCAAAUAUCUUAACUUAUGUAAUUAAAUUAUAGUAGGAUAUACUGUUAAGACAUACUCUACACACAAGUAGGCAAACACAAAAACGUCUAGCUGUGUGAGAUUGAAUUUAACGACCGUUUUUGCAUACUUGUGUAGAGUGUGCUUUUGGCCUAACGUUUCUUUACUGGAGCUUCACUUAACAAAGGCACUGUGAUGUAGAGGUACUGGGUGGUGACCGAGUGAAUGGUGGCCACCCACACAAAGACUCGUGCCAGUGGAAUGUAAAUGCAUAGUCUGUUGACUGUGUCUUUGUACUUAAAACGCAACACUCCCAUCUUUUAAGCCAGUGCUUUUCAGCUGGUUUGCUUUUGCAAUACAGGACUGAAUUUUAAAUAAAUUUACACCAAAUUACCAUAGAGUAUGACUGGAUGCAGCAAAUCAGACUUGGAACCAACUGGUUGAGAACCACUGGUUUAGUGCUGUAUUUCCUAAUGCUGUUCCUGGAGGCACCCCAACACUACACAUUUUUCAACGAUUUCUAAUCAAUCACACCUGACUCAACUCUUCACUAGAGACUCCAAGACUUGAUAUGGAUGGGUCAGAUAAGAGACACAUCCAAAAUGUGUACUGCUGAAGUCCCUCCUUAAAAAAAGGUUGGGGAAACACUGAUUUAGGGUACCAAAUAGAAACCGAAUACCUCUGAAAGAACAGCCUCUUAAAGAACAUCAUUUUUAAUAUCUGUUUCUUUGAUGUUCAAAGCCACAAGGUUUGUUCGGUAGAGGAAUAUAUUUUUGGACAGGAUGCGAAAUUUGCUGCUCUCUCCCAAACUUUCUGGCAAUAAGAAUUCCCUUUCUUUUUUUCAAAAUGAAAAGGCAUCCUUCGUUUGGUAGCAUCUCAUUGUUGUAUUUCUUCAGAUGUACUGAAUUGUACUGUAGAGAAUAGUAUCUGGAGCAUUAUAGCAAUGGUAUACACCAUAAUGGAAAUUACUAGUCAAAUGAAGGUAUGUAGAUCAAAACAUCACGAGAGCCUUGAAACAAUUCACCCAUAAAUCAACUCCUUUUUUAGGAGUGCUAGUUAGUACCUAAAGAAAUACUGCUUUUAUCUGUUGUGAACAUACAGCCUGGAUCUACAAAUCUAAAAGACAACAUUCUCAUUUUCAAAAUUAGAAAAAACUUGGAUAAAAAAUUAAAACUGUUGUUAGUGGAAGCGUCUCAGUCCUUAAAGACUAUCAAGCCAUUAGACAUGUAGAAAGUGCUCUUUGAUUGUAUAUAAUGUACUUUCUGUGGAACAUAACACAAUUUUGAUUUAAAAUGUAAAGAUGAAGUUUGAGCACAUGACUCGUUCUGCAUUUUUGUUUGGGUUAGAAAACCUCUCGGUAUAUAACUGCUGACAAUUCAAGUUUUUGUUGUUGUUUGUUUUCAUUUCUGAUGUAUUGUAAGAGAAUUGAGAAGUAAAGCAUGGAGUGAUUUGCCAUAAUUUACUGUAUACAAAGAAUCUGCUGUACAACUGGACAACUUUUUCAUGAAGACUGUGAAGAGAGAGAUUUUCAUGCUUUUUGUGCUGGAUGAUUAGAUGACACUAGAUGUUUUCCCGUCCAAUUCAUUCUUUCAUUCUCUAUUUAUUUAACUGCUACAUAUUCAGUGAUUUUUAGGGGCUUUGAAUAAGAUGCUUCUGACAAUCAGAGGUUGGCUUCUGAAGCUAUGUAAUAAUAUGUGAAAACAUUGACCAUUAAAGCUGGAAAAACAAC